AGAUAUUUGAUUAUCUGUUCUAUCGGCCAAUUGGACAAUCGUUAGGUGCCAAUUUUUAGUGCAAUUCUUGUUUUAUUAAAUGCUAUAUUGAUAAUUAUUGUCUUAAAAAUGUAAAAAUCUAUAAAACCCAUUUAAAAGUUUACAAAAUGGGAACCAACGGUAAUGGACGUCGCGGAGGCGCUAAACAACUGGAUGUUCGCCGGCCCAUGGAAGAAGGGGAGUGUAUGAGCCUGAACGACGAGAGCCCUGAAUUGGAUUUUGUGUAUGAUGAUUGCGAUUCACAAGCAAAUGAAAUUGCUGAACUUUACAGUUACACCGAACAUCCCGAGUUUCAAUUUAAUGUGAAAGCAUUUGAGGAUAUAAUGGAAGAAUUCAAUUUUCCUCCAAGUUGGCAAAGAUUAACAAAUCAACAACAGCGCUCGGUUGUUAUGAAGUUGCUAGAUCACCUGGAUGUUGCAGUGACUGAGAUCCGAAUGCGGGCAAUGCGAUGCAUAUUGUAUUUGGCUCAAGGUUGCUGGGCCGAAAUGCAGUCUGAUACGGAACAAGCUCAUUGGGCUCGUAUAAAUAUAAUGACUUUGUAUGAAAUGGGAACAUUUUCUGCAUUCGUAGAACUUUUAAAUUUAGAAAUUGUUAGAAGUAAUGCUGCUGUAGCAUCUAGAAAGCUUGCAGAAUCUUUAGCAGAUUCAACUAACUUGAGAGUAAUUUUAUCUGUUCUGUACCUCAUAACGGAACAUAUGAGAACUGAAAAAGAUAAUCCUAACUCAGAGUAUAUUCAUUUGUUUAAAACAUUUAAGGAAGAAAUAGGAACACCCUUUGGAGAAGAAUUGCUGCCAGUUAAACUUUUAGGCAUGGUUACUCAAUUAUGUGUAGGAACUACUCCUCAUUUUCCUAUGAAAAAAGUAUUACUGUUAUUGUGGAAAAUUUUACUGGUUUACCUUGGGGGUUCUAAAGAAAUAAAGGAGAGAAAAGCCAAAUUACGCGAGAAAUAUGGUUUGCCCCCCGUAACUGAAGAUACUCUUGAAGUCAUAAAGGGAAUGCGUUCCAGUUCUCCUCCUCCUAGUGCAGCAGAUAUGAUUGAAAACCAAAAUCCGGGUCAGAGAAAACUAAAAGAAAAUGAAAGAGCACUUCGAAGGCAAACAUUUAUAAAACAAACAUCUCUUGAUGAAUCUGAUGAGCAAAUUUUUACCGACAAAGAGGAAACUGGCAAUGGCUCUGAAGAUUAUUCGAUGGAAUUUCAGUCAAUGUCCAAUGAAGGUAUGCAGAAUAUGAAUCAAAAUUGCCCAGAUUACAUGUACAUUAAACGGUUUGAUAGUCCUCCACCACCUCCUCCCUUGCCUAGAUGCUUGCCAUGGAGGUCUAAAGUUCGUCAAAAAGAUAUUGACAUGUUCUUAGAUAAUGUAAGAAUAAAAUUUGUUGGUUACUCACUACCUGGUGACAGACAGACAAUAGCUGGCUUACCACAACCUAUUCAUGAAGGUAUUGAGAUAUUAAAGAAACACAUGUACACCAGUCUUGCUGAAGUUCAAGCAGAAAGAGAAAUUGAAAUAGCUCGAAGCCCUCUUACUAGAGGUGAAAAAGAAGUAGAAGAAACUGAGGCAGAAGUUUUGUACAGAGCCAUGCUGUCAAAUCUUCCACAGUAUAUGAUUGCACUAUUGAAGAUAUUAUUAGCUGCAACACCCACCUCUACGGCAAAAACAUAUUCCAUGAACAUAAUGGCUGAUGUUUUGCCUGAAGAAAUGCCCAUGACAGUGCUGCAGUCAUUAAAACUUGGUAUUGAUGUAAACAGACACAAAGAAAUCAUAGUCAAAGCUGUAACAGCUAUAUUGCUACUGCUUUUGAAACAUUUUAAAUUAAAUCAUGUGUACCAGUUUGAAUUUAUGUCACAGCAUUUGGUAUUUGCUAAUUGUAUGCCUUUAGUAGUGAAAUUUUUUAAUCAAAAUAUUCUCUCUUACAUAGGAGCAAAGAAUACAAUACCAAUAUUCGACUUUCCUGCCUGUGUUAUAGGCGAACAACCUGAACUUACCAAAGAAUGUUUGGAAAUAGGUGACUCUCCAGUUCCAUAUUCUUGGAGGAAUGUUUUCUCAUGUAUAAAUCUUUUGAGAAUAUUAAAUAAAUUAACAAAGUGGAAAAAUGCUAGAAUUAUGAUGUUGGUUGUAGUUAAAAGUUCUCCAAUACUGAAACGUACAUUGAAGGUGAGACACGCUUUGAUGCAGUUCUAUGUACUGAAGCUGCUAAAAAUGCAAACUAAGUACUUAGGUCGCCAGUGGAGGAAAACUAACAUGAAAACAAUAAGUGCAAUAUACUCAAAAGUAAGACAUAGGCUCAAUGAUGACUGGGCUUUUGGGAAUGAAAUUGAUGCACGACCUUGGGAUUUUCAAGACGAAGAAUGUGCUCUUAAGGUCAGCGUAGAUCGGUUCAAUCAAAGAAGAUAUGGUACUGAUUACCUAGAGAGUGAAUUAUCACCAGUCGACACAGACAUUAACAGUGUUCUAGAUGUGAAUGUUGAGCUUGAUGAGGAAUUUAAAAGUAAUUAUGAGCUAUGGCUUGAUCAAGAGGUAUAUAAUAAUGAAAUCAACUGGGAUGUUUUGUUAUCUGCAUGAAAAAAUAUUUGUAGUUUUUCUUUUAUAUUAUUUUAAUCAAGUUUUAAACUAGAUUUUCUGUAUCAAAACUAUUAAAUAAAUUUAUUAUACAUGUAACUUCAGUGUUUAUGAACAAUGUACAGUUUUAUUUGCAUGAUAUUAGAUUUCCUGUGUUUUUAUGAAUUAAAUUAGAAGAUAUUUUAGUCUAUUAUCUUCAUUAUUGCAAACAAAGUUAGCAAUGAAAGCAUUAUAGCUGAUAAGCUUUUUUGAAAUCUCAAACUAUAUAUUUUUUCUGUAAAUGAUUAUUUAUUUGUCAUAAUUUGUCUUCAUUACAAAAAAUCUUUUAAUAUAAUAAGCUCAUAUUUAUUAUUUUAAUUUUGCACAAGCUUUGAAAAUGACAUAUUUUGAACACUACAGAAAUGAGUCCUUACAUGUACCCUCAGCAUGCCUGAAAUGAUGUGAAUGCAUGAAUGAAAUAUAUUUCUCAACAAAAAGAUGAUAUGAUUAUUAUUAAAAUUUAUCUGUCUGAAAUAAAAGGGCGAGCUUUAUUCAGACAAAUAAAAAUACUCCUAAUAGUCAGAUUACAUCAUAUUAAUAAAAAUUGAAACAUUCAAAUAUGCAAAAAAAUUGUAGGCUAUAGAUUUAUUUCAUAGAAUUUGUAAAAAGUAUGAUAAAACUUUUCUGUAUAAAUUUAAUAAAAAUAUUGUUUUUUAUAUAAUCAAUAUUAUGUUCUGAGAUACAAGUAGGUAUUUACUCAUAUUACAGAUUUGAAUUAUAUUUUAUAAAAAUAACCAUUUAAAUAAAGUAAUUUUUAAUAUGAUUACAUCAAGUAUUUGACUACAUUUAUUAUUUUAGAGAAACAUAUUAUAGAAUAGAUGUGUUUUGAUUUCACUAUAUACUACAAUUGAAAUUUAGGUUUGUUUGCAAAAAGUAAUGAAAUCAAUUAUUCAGAACAGAUGAAAAACAUGAAUUGUAAAAUAAAUGUUUUUUUUUUCAUUGUAUAUUAUGUCUAAUAGGUAAAGCUACUUUGUAGUGUAUUAUAAUAAUUUGUCUACGAAAUAAACUAUCUAAGAUUUGUAAUGUUUUGGUAAAUAGCAUAUACUUAUAUAUAAUUCAAAUUAUAUAACUUAGGUAAACAAUAAAUGUUCUGGUUCUUAACUCCUGUUAAUUUAGGACGGGGUACUUUUUGUAUUAUUUCACGAAAGUGUAAAUUAAAUAAAUGUGUAUGUUAUUUAUAG